GCGGCGCUAGGACCCCCGCGGCGUUCCCCAUCCCCGGGCGGGCGGCGCUAGGACCCCCGCGGCGUUCCCCAUCCCCGGGCGGGCGGCGCUAGGACCCCGGCGGCGGUGGGGGGCCGAGAGGCGGCGGCGGCCCCGGCCCCGGUCCCCGUCCCGGGCGCAGUGCGUAGCGGAGCCGGUCGGUCCGGAGCGAUCGGUGGACACGGCGCGUCCCCUCUGGGCCCGUUAAACCGAGCAGCGAUGUGACCCCCGGGGCGCCGCCAUGGCCGGGGCCGGUACCCCCCAGCGGGGCGGAGGAGGAGAUGAGGGACCCCCCCGCGCCACCCGCCGCAGAUGAGACCCCCCCCCGCCCGGGUGCUCGCAGGACCCUGGCGACUGCUGCGCGCUGAGGCCGGCGCGGAGACAUGAGUGGCAGCGCGAGCCAGCGCGCCGCCGCCCUGGGGGUCCUCUUUGCCCUCAUCAUGUUGCUGAUCAUCUACAGCUCCGGCAGCGGGAGCGAGGUCUUCCCCUACAGCCGCCUGCGGGGCAGAGCCCGCCGGCCCCCCGACCUCAAGAAGUGGGGGGUGAAAAGCGGGUACCUGCCCGUCUGCGGGAACAAGACCCUGACUGCCCGCUGCCACCAGUGCGUCAUUGUCACCAGCUCCAGCCACCUCCUGGGCACCCGCCUGGGCACGGCCAUCGACGGGGCCGAAUGCACCAUCCGCAUGAAUGACGCUCCCACCACCGGCUAUGAGCUUGACGUGGGCAACAAGACCAGCUUCCGCGUGGUGGCCCACUCCAGCCUCUACCGUGUCCUCAAGCGGCCCCAGGAGUUCGUCAACAAGACCCCGGAGACCAUCUUCAUCUUCUGGGGGCCGCCCGCCAAGAUGCAGAAGAGCCUCCUGAAAAUCAUCCAACGCGUCAGCGCGUCCUUCCCCAACAUGACGGCCUACGUCGUCUCCCCCAGCCGCAUGAAGCAGUUUGAUGACCUGUUUCAGGGGGAGACGGGGAAGGACAGGGAGAAGUCACGCUCAUGGCUCAGCACCGGCUGGUUCACCAUGGUGAUCGCGGUGGAGCUGUGUGACGCCGUCCACGUCUACGGCAUGGUGCCACCCAACUACUGCGGCCGCCGGCCCCCUCCCCGCCGCCUGCCCUACCACUACUACGAGCCGAAGGGCCCUGACGAGUGCACAACCUACAUCCACAACGAGCGGAGCCGCAAGGGCAACCACCAUCGCUUCAUCACCGAGAAGCGGGUCUUCGCCAGCUGGGCCGGCCUCUACAACAUCACCUUCUCCCACCCCACCUGGCCGUAGGGGCUGCCCCCCCCCGCCCCAAGCUGGGCAGACCCUCCCCCCUGGAGCUGGGAUGGAGGGGGGUCCCCCUGCGUCCCCCCGGGAGUGGGGAGCUCCGGAUGCCUCCCACGGUGCCACCACCAUUGUGCACGGUGGCUCCUCUCACCUCGGGUGCAUUGGGUUUUGACAUGGUUUUGGGAGGGGCCAGGAGGUGAGUGCAGGGUUUGGGGUGUCCCCCCCCUCCAUGGGGGGAGGUGUGGGGGUGAGGUCCUGCUCGAUGCUGGUCCAGGCACAUUGCAGCCCCUGCAAGCACACGAGAGGGUGCCGGGUGCCCUCGUCUCCAUUUGGGGCUGCAUCACUUUUGGGGCCAUCACAGAGACUGUUUCCCCCUGUCCCUCGGUGGGGGGACCCCUUCCUGGGGCUCAUCACCCCCCCCAGCCACCCCUAGCACCCCGAUCCCGGUCCACGGGCAUCCUUCCCUCAGCAGAACCCCGCAGUUUUGGUGGGACCCCGCAGGGGUGACGCAGCCACCCCAAAACCACCUGUGUCCUGACGCCACCGCGCCCCACACCCACACUGCCAAAACCUUUUCUAACUGAGCGAUGGGAUUUGGGGGGGGGGGGGGCUUUUGGGGGCUUUUUUUUGUUUUUUUUCCCGCCCCGAUUCUGGUCUCGGGGUUUGUAUUCGAGUUUCUCUCCAAGCGUGCCUGGCCGGAGGAGCGAGCAGGGGCUGCUGGAUGCUCGUUAGCGGUAACAAGGGGGCCAGCAGCAGCCUGCGGCUGGCUCCUCAUCAUUUAUUAACCGCUUAUAAACUAUUUAGAAGUGGGCAUGUGGCAGGGGGGGGGCGGCAGUGCCCCUCGGUCCCCUGCAGCCAGGGGCAGGACGGGGGCAGGGCAGAUUUUAUUAUUAAUUUUUCAGCAGCGGAGAGGUGGAUUUGGGGAAAAUAGCUAAAUAUGGCACGUUUGGGUGCGGAGCCCUGGCAGGGCUUUGUGCCUCAGUUUCCCUCUGGCUGUGACCUGUCCCCAUUGCGGCUGGGGGGGACUCCGUGCUGGGGGGACACGGCUGCGUUUUGUAAUGGUUUGUACAGGAAUAAAUAUUGCUGCAGUCUGUUGCCUUGG